CGGAAAACAUAUGUAAACAAAAGAGAAAUUUGGGGAAAUUGCGACUUUUGUAAAAGAACAAACAUUUUAAUAGCUUAGAACCAAAAGACAACACAUUUGGAUAUUAGUUUUGUAAUAUUUCAGUGGAAGGCAUAUAAAAAAAAAUUAAAGGAAAGAGGUAAACUUAAAAUUCAACGAGAAAACCGCAAGCAUGGACUGCGCACCACUUAAUUUGGCUCAUUUCCACGAGCGAAGAUCAGAGCGUUUUAUACGCAAUCAUCGCUAUGAGGAGGCCAUAAAAGCGUUGGAGACAUCCCUAAUUUACAUGCAGGAUGCCCAAAAACGAGUGGCUCUGCCAAAGUCCAUAGAAGUUCUGAACACAUUAACGUUGGACUUCCAGCGAAAACUGCGCCAAAUUGAGAUGCGGAAAACACAGCAUGGCUUAAAUAAGUUGAAGGACUUCGCUCCGUUAAAGGAAACCAGUCCUAUGUUACCAUUACGGCCGGAAAAUGGAGCAAGUGGAGCCGGAGGAUCCGCGCAAUCGGUGGCCAAGGCAAUUGACAAAACAGUCCAGGAUUUCGAUGCCAAGUUUACAUCGUCCCUGAUUAUAAAAGUCCCCAACAAUUUGGCCAACUCGGAGCCCCAAAUGGAGACGCUAAGGAAGAGUGAUCCCCUGAAGGAUGUGGAUGAACGAGAUCCCUACGAUAACCACAGGCUCACGGGCAGCGAUGAUCUGGAUUUGCCCUCUUUGGCCCCUUUGGAACUGCCCUCCUUCGAUUAUAGUCUCUUCACCAGCUCAUCGGCUCCUUCUCUGGCCAGUUAUGCCGGCAUGGCCGAGAGCUUCCAGAAAUAGGCUAAGAACAAUGAUUUUCGUACCUUCAAAAUGUC